GGUUUUACGGGUCUAACUGCUCUAUUCCCUGUCCCGAUGUCAACUGUCAGUACUGUCACAUAGAGACGGGCACCUGUCAGGGAUGUAAACCUGGGUAUCAAGGUUAUCGCUGUGAAUUAGCCUGUCCACGUUUGUUGUUUGGGAAAGACUGUUCGGAGAAAUGCAUUGACACUUGUGCAGGGUGCAAUAAUGUCAAUGGUUUGUGUGACUCAGGAUGUAUCCCUGGUUGGAUGGGUGACCUCUGCAGUAAAGUGUGUCCCCCAGGAUCCUAUGGUGCUGCAUGCAAAUUUACGUGUGGACACUGUCUUGACGUAAACCAGUGUGACCAUGUUACUGGGUCAUGUUUAACUGGAUGUAGUGCUGGUUAUAUGCGGGAUUUAUGUAAAACACCUUGUCCUUCUGGAUUCUUUGGGCAAAACUGUUUGGAGAUAUGCGAAGACACCUGUACAGGAUGUAAUAAGGUCAAUGGUUUGUGUGACACUGGAUGUAUCCCUGGUUGGACGGGUGACCUCUGCAAUAAAGUGUGUCCCUCAGGAUCCUAUGGUGCUGCAUGCAAUUUAACGUGUGGAAAAUGUCGUGACGUAAACCAGUGUGACCAUGUUACUGGGACAUGUUUAACUGGAUGUUGUGCUGGUUAUAUGGGGAAUUUUUGUAAAACACCUUGUCCUUCUGGGUUCUUUGGGCAAAACUGUUCGGAGGUAUGCAAAGACACCUGUACAGGAUGUAAUAAUGUCAAUGGUUUGUGUGACUCUGGAUGUAUCCCUGGUUGGACGGGGGACCUCUGCAAUAAAGAGUGUGUAAAAGGAUCGUAUGGCACUCGCUGUAAUGAAACAUGUGGAAAAUGCCGCGAUGUAAACGAGUGUUCAAAUGUCAAUGGAAUUUGUUUGAACGGAUGUGAUGCUGGUUUUGAAGGAGACCUAUGUAGAACAAGGUGUGCCAUCGGUUUAUACGGCAUUGACUGCAAAGAAAUUUGUGGAAACUGUCGUGAUAUUGACCAAUGCUUUCAUACAAACGGAACAUGCUUAACUGGAUGUGAUGAUGGUUAUCAGGGAGACGUGUGUAAAACACCUUGCCCACUGGGUUUUUUUGGAAAAGACUGCAUGAAGAAAUGCAAGGAAACGUGUCUAGGAUGUAUUAAUGUCAAUGGUUCAUGUGCUGCUGGGUGUUUACCGGGCUGGAUAGGAAACUUUUGCGAUAAAGAGUGCCAUACAGGAUUUUAUGGCGUCUCCUGCAAAAAGACAUGUGGAAACUGUCAUGAUUUAAAACAAUGUGACCACACCAAUGGUACAUGUUUAACUGGAUGUUUGGCUGGCUAUAUGGGGGAUAUGUGUCAAACACGUUGCCAACCUGGCUUUUUUGGACGAGACUGCUCUGAGAAAUGCAUCGAGACAUGCAAUGGAUGUAAUGAUGUCAAUGGACUGUGUGACUAUGGAUGUGUACCUGGCUGGAUAGGAUAUUUCUGCAAUAAAGAAUGUGACAAAGGAUCGUAUGGUUUUGAAUGUAAUGAAACAUGCGGACACUGUCGUGAUGUACAACAAUGCUCCAAUGUCAAUGGCUCUUGCUUGACUGGAUGUGAUGAUGGUUAUGAAGGGGACUUAUGUAAAUCACGUGAGUAUACAAACACAAAGGCACAGACGAAACAAGCUACUUAUUAUUAUAAAAAGAUCUUUUAAAAAUCAUAUUGAAAAAACAAAAAAAUGUGGUAAAAACAUUUUUUUAAUUACGCGAUCCGAUUACAAAUGUAGUAGUACUAAAAUAAACAUAUUUACGUUUUACUUGCGGCAAACAUACAUUGUAGAGGGUAAGUCUGUACGUCCGUAUAAAUUGAUCAUGGUUUACUGAAUGUGAUAAAAGGUUAUCAAGGAAAAUUGUAUAACAUACGCGAGUAUAUAUAACAUCUCUGAAAGUAUUCAUAGAUAGAUAGAUAGAUAGAUAGAUAGAUAGAUAGAUAGAUAGAUAGAUUAUUCAUAUGUUUUUACACCGCAUUGUUAAUACUUAUGCAAAUUUGAAAUUGUCAAUAAAAAAAGAAGAAGGUACAGAUAAAUGAAGGUAAGUCCAAUAGAACUCAAAUUUACAUGAUAUGUAUAGUGUUUGUUUUGGUUAAUAUACCUUUAUCAAGAUCACAAAAACAAUCAAACAACGUAAGUUGCACACAAUUGGUUUUAACGUAUUUUGAUUAUAACGUAUUAUACUGUGUGGUUUUCUUAAUGUUAGAUUUCAACAAUUUAUCAAUACCACUUGUAUUGCAGGGUUUAGUGAUUUGACUCAAUAAUAUUCCAUUCAAUCUUUGUGAAUGUUCUUUAUGAAAAAUUACGAGGAAAAAAAUGGUAUUUGAUCUAAUCAUGAACAAGUUUCCAUUCAUUCUGCCCAUGGUGUAUAGUUAUCGAAACUUUACGCCCAAAGCAUUUGAUAUCUCUCUAUUUCAAUAUAGGAAAACGCCUGGUGUAAUUCAAGUUGCUAAAAUUAAUUUCAGUGUUUGAUUACUCUUAUUUGUUAAAUAUAAAAACAUUAAUCGAUGACAAUAAAGUUUUCUUCAUAAUAAAAAAUAACUAUAUUUUUUCUGACUAUCAGGACAAUAGAAAGUUUAUGUUCCCCUCGAAAGCAAUUAUUUUUCUUGACGUCGCCAGGUGAAAUAGUUUCUUGUUUGGGAAAACAUAAACUUGCUAUCGUCCUCAAAGCAGGUAAGUACAUAUAUUAUAUACAUAAAUGUUCAUAAUAUUUAAUCCGAUCUUACUAUAUGUCGCUGAUACACGAAUCAAUUUAACUUCCGGUAUUUAUUAUUUCAAGAUGUUUUUGCAAACCGUACUGUAUGUUUCGUGUACAGUUAAAAAGUAAAAAAAAAAGAGAAGAAGACAGCGAAUGGUGCUUGUUAUGCGCAAUGUAACAAUUAACAACAUAUUAGCUAAUAUCAUUGUAAUGACGGCAGUUUUGGGAAAGGUAUGGUAAGUAUUUGUUUUCUUAGUGUAAUACUUGGGAAGGAAUGACAUUAUAUUUUGAUGAUCAUACAGGAUUGUGAAGGAUGCACGUAUAAAAUAUCAUUUUGAGCACUGCACAAUCUAUGACUAAAACGUAGGUUGUUAAAAGUAACAAAACGAAACCAAAAUUGAUAUGUUCUGUACAUAUUAAACAGUGAGGAUACUUAUAUAAUGUGAUAUCAAUCUGACUUGUUGAUGGUUAUAGAUGUUAUUGUUUAACGUUGCUAUUUUUUGUCUUGACCAUGUUUACUUCUUUAACUUCCAAUGGCUUCAAUGAUAUAUCUCGAUUUUUAUAAAUAAAAAGCCCUAGUCAAACAAAAAACACGUGUACUAAAUACGCAAAUGGUUGAUUUACUAUACUUAAGUUUUUGGGCAUUUCGCCAUACGCACGGGGGUAUUUUUAACGGAUUUAAACGUACUGCGUAACUAUUGUAAAUUCCGCCUAUUCGUCAAUUACCACUUUUACCAUAGACUUCAAAUUAUUGCUAUCUAUUCUUUUUCUCGGUUGACUUUGUUGACAAUAGUAGGUAUUUGAAAAAUAUUGUGUAACAGUGAUAACGAGUGUUCACAUUUAUAUCAAUCAUUUCCUUUUCUACAAGUUUUGUCUUUUGUCUUAAAAAUAAAAAUUUAAAUAUGUACUUAAAUAGUCUGGGCGACCUGAACAUGAGAGAAAUAUAUUCACUGAUAUAAGAACUGAUUUAAGAACAUAGAUCGUCUGAAUAGGAGGACAUAUUCUUGGAUCCGGAUGGUGAUGGCUUUUUUUUCAAAAAUGAAAUCUUCUGAUUUUAUCAUUAACAGUAAUAUAUUGUAAACAAGAAUCAUAAUUUAAUCUAACCUAAUUAUAGGAACAGUGAUCAUUUCUUCUUUCAUACCUGACACAUUUUGCAAUUUGCUUAUGGAGACCAGGUGUCCUAUUAUUGUGAAGAUAUGAGAACGAUGUUUUAAGGAAUGCUCAGAAGUAAUUAACAUAAAGAGAAUACCAAGUAAGUUACCUGGAAUAAUAGUGUUUCGAAAAACAGAACAUUAUAUAGAUUUUACUUAGAAAAAGAGCAAUACGAAUAACAAAUUAAA